CAGAUAUUUCGUUGCGGUUAAACUCGAAAAUGAAUUUGUGGGAGAAAAUUUUGUCUGUUUACAUUUUGACAACGAUUUGUUACAUUUACAUUGACUGUGAUACUAUCAGUGAUGAUUCCAUUACUUUUUGGGUGAUGCCUGGAUCCGGCUUACCAAUGUUCAACUCAUCAUACAAUCAAUCCCUGUCAUCCCGUGGAUGCAAUUCAGCUGGGAAAUUUUUCAUAAUCAUCCAUGGCUGGUUAGAAGGCUGGCAUACAGAAUGGGUACAAGAUCUGAUCAGCAACCUCACAAUUUAUCGAGGCGGUUGCAUAAUAUUUAUGGAUUAUUCAAAUUAUUCGGUGAAUCCAAACUACUUCCUUCUCACACCGCAAUUUCAAAAUAUUUCCGACAAAUUGCUAAGGUUCAUGGAACAACUAGACGGGGAGGGAUUUGAUUUCGACAAUGGAUAUAUAUUUGGAUUCUCAUUUGGCGCCUGGCUUGCGAUUAAGACAGCGAAAAUAUUUGGAACGAAAAGAUUUUCACAAAUUGAUGUCUGUGAUCCAGCUGGUCCAGGAUUUGAUUUAGGAGUCGAUUUGGGAGAUCAUUCGUUGGCUGCACAAAAUGUUCAGUGCAUUCACACAAACAGUGGUGGACUAGGAACUACGAUCAAAAACUGCUCACAAAACUGGCAUAUGGGUAUAUGCGGCACUCUACAAGUCGGUGCUCAGCCUUUCCCGAAAGGUCAUCAUGGCCUUUGCCCUUAUUAUUAUACGGCAGCAUUCAAGCAUGAUUUCAUUGCAUGGCAAAAUAUUUAUGCAUGUUACUCAACACGUGCUGUUGCUAAUUAUUCAGUGGACUUUAGAAUGGGUUACAUGGAGACACUUGAAAGGAAAAUGAGCGUAAUUGGAGAUUUAUUUUCUCCAACAUCGAUGUUUUACCCGUACAAUGAAAUUCCAGGAAGGAUAAAGACAGCAAACGCUACAACGGUUGAAUCUAAUGAUAUUUGAAGCUUAAAGUUUGUCAAUGAAUUUUUUGAUGAUUUAUUUGUAUCAAAUAAUGAAGCAUGAGUAUAAGAAUUUUAG